AUGUCACCCAGCGGCGAGAAGAGGAAGCUCAAGACGUUCUACAACAGACAGAACGAGCUGAUAAACCAAUUUCUCGGUGCCGAUGAUGAAGAGCAUCUGAAAGCUGAAGAAGAUGCUCGAGUUGCUCCGAAGAUCAAGUUCGCUGUCAAUGCAUCAUUCACGGUGAACUUCUGCCUCUUCGUGAUUCAGCUCUAUGCGGCCGUCUCCACUGAGUCACUCUGUUUGCAACUGCCGCAGACGCCUUUGUCCAUGGAUCUUGUGUCAUCAUUCGCAGUGCUGAUAACGUCGCGUAUGGCUGCCAGAGCCAGCUUGUACAAGUAUCCGAUAGGCCGCACAAGGAUUGAGACGAUCGGCGUCAUCUUAUUCUAUGCGUUAAUGACCACGGUUGCCAUCCAGCUUCUGGUCGAGUCGGGACGGUCGCUUGGCGAGGGGCCUAUAGAGUCCGAGUCGCUUCAUAUCGUCUCCAUCGUUUUCGUUGAUGUAGCCAUCGCGGCCAAAGGCAGUCUCAUGCUCUAUUGUCUUACAUACCGCAAAUAUCCUUCGGUCCAUGUGUGCUUUAUCGACCAUCGCAACGACAUUAUUGUCAAUGGCUUUGGUCGCAUCAUGUCAGUCGUUGGCUCGCGAUUUGUGUGGGACCUGGACGCUAUUGGCGCCAUCUGCAUCGCCCUUCUUAUCCUCCUUUCGGGGUGUCCAGUGCCUUCAAACAAGUGUGGCUGGCUCCUGGUCGGGAAGUCUGCGCCAAGGAAGUUCGUCUCUAAACUCAUUUACAUGACCAUGACACAUGAUAAGAUUCUAAAAUGCCGCGCAUACCACGCUGGGCAGAAGUACUACGUCGAAGUCGAUAUCGUUACGAAUCAGGACCUCCCCUUGAAGAUCCCGCAUGAUAGAGCAUUUGUCCACAUCGACUAUGACGACGACCACGAUAUCCACGAGGAGCACAAGCCACUCUACGAGCUUCGAGAAAAGAAGCACCAACGAAGCUUGAGGGAGAUGCUGCUUGGAGGCAAAAAGAACGACCUAAAUGAGUGA